AUGUCAAAAUAUUAUGUUGAAGUAAUGUCGAGUUCUUUAGAAACCGUAUUAAUAUAUUCAAUCAGUUUACAAUUAUUUGAAGAUGCUGUCUUAGUUGAAGAUGGUUAUACAUAUGAACGAACAGCUAUUACAGAAUGGAUUCAUCUGAACAAAGCAAGUCCUCUUACACGACAACCAUUUCAUAUUGAGGCUUUACGUCCAAAAUUUAAUACAAAAAAAGUAAUAAAGAAUUUUGAAAAUAGUAUUCAAAGUAAAAAUCAUAAAUUUAAAUUGGUUAUCGAUAUUCGACGUGAUAAAAGAGCACUUUUUCAAACAUUUGGCAAAAGAAUCUAUAGAGCUGAAUGGAUUACUCAACAACAACAACUAUCAGUUAUCAUAUUACAAAUUGAUGAAGCACGUGCUCAAAAAGAAGCUUUGUUCUAUGUCAAACAUAGUCGAUAUUCAUAUAUGGUACUAACAUAUGGACUUGUUGAAGAUGUUAUACAGAAUACUACAUCAAUAAUGUUAUUACAGGAAUAUACACCUGAAGAAAGUCUUUUUGAAGUUUUGUCUGACCAACAAGAAUUACCUCAUGAUAAAACCCUUCAAAAAAUAUUUAUUCAAAUUAGUGAUACUAUGAUUUUUCUUGUUUAUAAUCAAAUUGUACAUGGAGAUGUAGCAUGUCGAAAUGUACUCAUGUUUCAAUUUGUUCCAAAUGAAACAAAACAAACUUCGACUGUAUCAACUAAUCCAAUGUCUAGUGCUGCUGAUGGUCGACUAUCUGAAGUACUUCAUGUGUCUAGUUUUCAUGUUAUUGAAACAUCUAUCACUUUAGGCAUUUUAUGUAUUCAACUGCCAGCUAACAGUUCAUCAUCAAGUAGUACACGGCAUCAACACAUAUCAACUUCUACAUAUACACGUUCGACAAGUAAUCAUCGUAGUAAUGGCAAGACACAUGUCAAUAGAAAUGCUAACUGUUUACAUAGCCGAAAAAUACGUAGUAUGAAGUCAGUUGAAAUUUCUGGUACCGGUAUUGAUGCUGAUAUAUUUGUAGUUGAAUGUAGUGGGUUUAAUUGA